GCGAUUGAACAUCUGUUGUUGUUGCUGUUGUUGUCGAGAUCAUUCGCGUCAUGUGUGCUGCUGUGUUCACUGUUGCCGCAGCUCCUCUUCGGCUGGUGUACCGAUCGUCAAAACCUCAAGCAUUGUCUUCUUCGCCGCUCGGAGUACUCUCGUUUAGCUGCGCCCAGUGGUAUGGGACGCGAUUGUGGGGCGGAAAUGGCAAUUCGGAGAGCUGGAUGCUGUCCAGGAGGAGGAAUUUGGAAUCGCCGGUUCCUCUCGCGCCGAUGAAAGCUGGGAGUAUCGCUACUCACGCAUCGAUUAGUCCACGGCUAUGGACAGGGACGGAGAACGCUGAAGGAGAGGCUCCAGAAUGGCGAACAGCUCUAUGGAGCAUUUUCUGUCUCUUUCUCUCCAGUUGUCGCCGAGAUUCUUGGUUGGGCUGGCUACGACUAUGUGGUUGUGUAUUUGGAACAUGGUCCUGGUUAUACCAUGUCAGCUGUUCCUAUUCUACAGACCUUGGCUUGUACAGGAACGCCUGCUAUUAUACGUAUACCAGUAAACGACCCUGUCUGGGCAAAGAAAGCUUUGGACCUUGGACCUCAAGGCAUCAUGUUUCCCAUGAUUAACGAUGCAAAUGCUGUUAGUGAUGCAGUAAGAUCAUGUCGUUACCCUCCAGCGGGUAUAAGGGGGGCUGCUUACCCCAUAGUACGAGCGGCUCGGUAUGGUCUUGAUCACUCCUAUCUGAGCCGGUGCGAGGAAGAUCUUCUCAUUAUGUGUCAGAUAGAAACUCAGCAAGCCGUCGACAACAUAAAAGACAUUGCUGCUGUAGAUGGUGUUGAUUGUAUUCAAAUGGGACCUCUGGACUUGCGCUCUGACUUGGGCUUGUUGCGAAUACCGGAGGAUAAGAGUUCAACAGCAUUGCUCAGGGAAGCUGAGAAAACUUUGAAGUCUUUAGGAGUGUAUAUGGGUGGAUUUGCAACCAGUGAUGAUUCACCCUCGAAGUUGCUGCAGCUUGGGUACCACAUGGUAGCAGGAACAGUUGAUGUUGCGCUUCUUAGAGAUGCUGCUGUCGCUGACAUUCGGAAGGCCAGAGGUUGACAUUUUUCACUCUGUCGCAUUGCACUAAGGAGGGUUCAACAUCGCGAGGAUGGGUGGAUUUUACAAUUCAUGCGACAUCACAGCACUCCAAUAUUUGUGUCUAGGCACAAGAUUCGAAGUCAUACUUGAGAAUCUCUCAACAAUAAAUUCAUUUUUGAUCAAGGAA